AUGAAGGUGGUUCCAGUGAGUGACUGUUGGAAUUCAAUUCCUUGUCUGAUCACUCAAAAGAGGAGAGCAUCAGCAGAAAUAAGCUGUUCAGCAGUUGAACAAGAGAAAGGUGUGAUCAAAGCUUAUGUGUCGAGCAGUGAUGUCAUUGAUGUCACUAGCAAAGAGAUAAAUGAUGAUCAUGAUCGAUCAUCGAGCUCUAGCUCUUACUCGAACAAGCCUAUUGAACGCAAACUUAUUACUCGUAUCUUUCUGCCGUUAGUCGACCCAUCGAACAAAAAGGAUUAA